GGCGCCAUGUCACGACUGAUCGUGAAGAACCUCCCGAGUGGGAUGAAGGAAGAGCGUUUCAAGCAGCUGUUCACCGCCUUUGGCACACUGACAGACUGCAGCUUGAAGUUCACCAAAGAUGGUAAAUUCCGCAAGUUUGGCUUUAUCGGCUUCAAGUCUGAGGAAGAGGCUCAGACGGCACUGAACCAUUUUAACAAGAGUUUUAUCGACACAGCCCGGAUCACGGUAGAGUUCUGCAAGUCAUUUGGGGACCCGACAAAGCCCCGAGCCUGGAGCAAACACGCCCAGAAACCAAGCCUGCCCAAGACGCCUUCAAAAGAGCCUGUUGCCCCAGAAACGAAGCAAGACGAUGAGAAGAAGAAGGUUACCUGUGAACUGGAGAGGCUGAAGGGAGACACUGAGUUCCGGGAGUUCCUGUCAGUCCACCAGAGGCGGACGAAGGUUGCCACCUGGGCAAACGAUGCCCUGGAUGCUGAACCUGCAAGAGGGAAGAGCAAGCCGGCCUGCGACUACCUGAACUUCGACUCAGACUCGGGGCAGGAGAGUGAGGAGGAGGACACCGGCGAAGGCCCAGGAGCUGAGGAAGACCUCACGCCCAAGGCGGCUGUGCAGAAGGAGUUGUCGGACAUGGAUUACCUGAAAUCCAAGAUGGUGAAGGCCGAGUUGUCGUCUUCCUCCUCUGAGGAGGAUGAAGAAAGUGAAGAUGAAGCUGUGAACUGUGAGGAAGGCAGUGAGGAUGAGGAUAAGGAUUCCUCCACUGCCCCAGCCCAGCCGGAAAUGGAGAAGAAGAGGGCCAGCCAGGAGCCAGGGGUCCCAUCCGGGAAGGGGCCUUCACAGGAAGCCAGAACUGAGAUGGAGAAACCAGCCACCCAGAAGGAGUCCACCACCCCCCACACCGUGAAGCUGCGGGGGGCCCCGUUCAAUGUCACAGAGAAAAAUGUGACGGAAUUCCUGGCACCUCUGAAACCAGUGGCCAUUCGGAUAGUGAGAAAUGUGCAUGGGAACAAAACAGGUUACGUGUUUGUGGAUUUCAGCAGUGAGGAGGAAGUGAAGAAAGCGUUGAAGUGCAACAGGGAAUACAUGGGCGGACGCUAUAUCGAAGUGUUCCGGGAAAAGGGAGUUGCCACGGCCAAGGGGCCCCUGAAGAAGUGUGCCAAGUCCUGGCAGGGCCGGGCCCUUGGGGAGAAUGAGGAGGAGGAGGACCUGGCCGACUCAGGGAGGCUCUUUGUGCGAAACCUGCCCUACAGCAGCUCCGAGGAGGAGCUGGAGAAGCUCUUCUCCAAAUACGGUCCCCUGUCUGAACUCCAUUACCCCAUCGACAGCCUGACCAAGAAACCCAAGGGUUUCGCCUUCAUCACCUUCAUGUUCCCUGAGCACGCAGUGAAGGCCUACGCAGAAGUAGACGGCCAGGUGUUCCAGGGCAGGAUGCUCCACGUGCUGCCGUCCACAAUCAAGAAGGAAGCCAGCGAGGACGCAGACACCCCGGGAUCCUCGUCCUACAAGAAGAAGAAGGAGCUCAAGGAUAAAGCCAACAGCUCCAGCUCUCACAACUGGAACACGCUGUUCAUGGGGCCUAAUGCCGUGGCCGAUGCCAUCGCCCAGAAGUACAACGCCACCAAGAGCCAAGUGUUUGACCACGAAACCAAGGGCAGCGUGGCUGUGCGCAUGGCCCUGGGAGAGACCCAGCUCGUCCAAGAAGUGCGCCGCUUCCUCAUAGACAACGGGGUCUGUCUGGAUUCCUUCAGCCAGGCCGCAGCAGAACGAAGUAAGACUGUAAUGCUGGUCAAGAACCUCCCUGCCGGCACCCUGGUAGCCGAGCUGCAGGAGCUGUUUGGCCGUUUCGGCAGCCUAGGCCGCGUGCUGCUGCCGGAAGGUGGCAUCACCGCCAUUGUGGAGUUCCUGGAGCCCUUGGAGGCCCGCAAGGCCUUCCGUCAGCUCGCCUAUUCCAAGUUUCACCAUGUCCCCCUGUACCUGGAGUGGGCUCCCAUGGGCGUCUUCUCCAGCUCGGCCCCGCAGAAGGGAGAACCCGGGGUGGCACCCGCAGAUGUAGACAAGGUGGAGCCAGAAACAGUACCAGACAGUGAGACCUCAGAAGGUGACAAGCUAACAGAGGUGGAAGCCAAUGACUCUCCAGCAAAGAUGGAAGAAGAGGAGGAGGAGGAAGAGGAGGAGGAAGAAGAGAGUCUUCCAGGGUGUACCCUGUUUAUUAAAAAUCUGCAUUUCGACACCACAGAGGCGACUUUGAAGGAAGUGUUUUCCAAAGUGGGAAGAGUGAAGAGCUGCUCUGUUUCCAAGAAGAAGAGCAAAUCAGGAGCGCUGCUGUCCAUGGGCUUCGGGUUCGUGGAGUACUGGAAGCCAGAGUCCGCCCAGAAAGCACUCAAGCAACUCCAGGGUCACGUCGUGGACAACCACAAGCUGGAAGUGCGGAUUUCAGAAAGGGCCAUCAAGCCAGCCACGAUGUCCUCUCGGAAGAAGCAGGUGGCCAGAAAACAGACUACAUCUAAGAUCUUGGUUCGGAACAUCCCCUUUCAGGCCGACAGCCGAGAGGUCCGGGAGCUGUUCAGCACCUUCGGGGAGCUGAAGACUGUGCGGCUGCCAAAGAAGAUGACCGGGACGGGUACACACAGAGGGUUCGGAUUCGUGGACUUCCUUACCAAGCAGGAUGCCAAGAAAGCCUUCAAUGCCCUGUGUCACAGUACUCACCUCUACGGCCGGAGGCUGGUCCUGGAGUGGGCAGACACCGAGGUGACGGUGCAGGCCCUGAGGCGAAAGACAGCUGAGCGCUUUCACGAGCCCCCGAAGAAAAAGCGGUCUGUGGUGUUGGACGAGAUCCUGGAGCAGCUGGAAGACAGUGACAAUGACAGCGAGUAGCAAACUCUUCAGCUGCGAGCUGGCACCGAGCGGGUACGUGGCUCCAGGGCCCUGGGGACGGGGACAGCCGCUCUAGCUUCUGCGAUCCUGCCCCGUGGAAGCAAGGGAGUGGUGGGAGGCGGCAGCAGCCCACCCUCCACUGGGUCAAGGUCUGACAGACAUCUCAGUACCUACAGCAUGGACAGGGUGCUGAAAGACCUGGGAGGAGGAGGUGAUGGCAGGAUCCACUCCAGCGCCGCCUUGAUGGACCUAUACAUCACCCAGUACAAAUGGAUCCACUCAGGGGACGAUGGAGCGGAGUGCAGGCAGAAGGGAGAGUGA